GAGUGUAUGGAGAGAAGUUGAACUUUAAUCGCGCAAGUCUGCAUAGGCUGUAGAUCGUUAAAUGCUUUUAAUCCUUAUGUAUCCAUAACCUCUGUCUUUGUUGACUUGAACUUAUUUUAAAGUUAUUUUCAACUGUUUGCUCAACGGAUUUCCUUCAUAUUUCAAAGAAUGUCUUGCUCCCUGCAUUGUUCUGCGGGGGACAGUAAUGUCGAGUACAUAAAGCCUUAGUAUUUUCAGACGCACUCUUCAGUUGCAAACUAUAUUUUUUGGAUAUAACUUUUGCGUGGAUUUUUUUUUCUCUCUCAAAAUGGAUAUUACAAUAUCGGAGUUGAUGUCUAACUUUAUAGAUUCGCCGCUUGUGGUUUGGGUCAAGACAUUUGGACCCCUUGGGUCUGGUUCAGAAGACAAGCUGUCCAUGUUUAUGGACUUAGUGGAUGGUGUCUUCCUCCAUAAGAUCAUGACACACAUAGACCCAAGCCCCAUGAAUCAGCGAGUGAACAAACAUGUGAAUAACGAUGUCAACCUGAGAAUACAGAACCUCAACACUGUCAUUCGACACAUCAAAAACUACUACCAGGAGCAUCUUCAGCAACUCAUCCUCAUGAAUCUGCCCAAUGUGCUGGCCAUUGCCAAGGACCCAUUAUCAGGUAAAAGCAUGGAGGAGGUACAGAGACUGCUGCUGCUGAUACUGGGCUGUGCUGUUCAGUGUGAACGUAAAGAAGAAAUCAUCGAGAAGAUUAAGCUGCUCGACAUUGAGACACAGGCUGCCAUAGUGACCCAUAUUCAAGAAGUCACCCACAACCAGGAGAACGUUCUGGACUUGCAGUGGCUGGAAGUGGGGGAGAUGCCUGCUGAGCAGUUGGACCCUCUGUCUCGCACUAUGGCCUUUCACCUGCGCAAACUCAUAGAUGAGCGAGAUGAGUCUUCUCAGUUGAUCUUAGAUCUAAUCCAGGAGAGGGACUAUUUCCAAUCCCAGCAGCCUUCUAGUGUCUUGGGCUUCCCCAGCCCUGAGCUCACAUCCUUAUCACCCAUCACACUGUUGUCCAAAGAAGAUCGGCAGCAUUUAGCAGUGGACCUGGCUGACACAAAAUCCAAACUUCGGCGUUCCCGCCAAGAACUAGAGGAGAAGACCGAACAGUUAGUUGAUACCAAGAAUGAGAUUGGGCGGCUGGACGCAGAGAUUCAGAAGCUCAAGCAGGAGAAUAUUCAGUUGUUGGCAGAGGCACGUUCGGUGCGGGCAUACCGAGAUGAGUUGGACUCUUUGAGGGAGCGUGCUGGAAAAGUUGAUCGGCUAGAAACGGAACUAGCUCGCUGCAAAGAACGGCUCAAUGACGUCCACUUCUACAAGACCCGUAUAGAGGAAAUGAGAGAGGACAAUAUGACCCUGCUGGAGACAAAAUCAAUGCUGGAGGAGCAGCUCACUGCAGCCAGGGGUCGCUGUGACAAACUACAUGAGCUGGAGAAAGAGAACCUCCAACUGCGCUCCAAAUUGCAUGAUAUGGAAAUUGACAGGGAUAGUGAUAAGAAGCGUCUGGAUGAGUUGCUGGAGGAGAACAUGUUGCUUGAGUUCUCUCAGAAACAGAGCAUGAAUGAGUCUGCUCACCUGGGCUGGGAGCUAGAACAGCUGGCCAAAAACAAUGAGGUCAAUGAAGCCCGUAAGUCAUUUGUGUUUGAGCUGAAUGAGUCUGCAUCCAGUCGUCUGUUAAAGCUGGAGAAGGAGAAUCAGUGUCUUCAGAGCACAAUCCAGGAGCUGAGAGAGGCCUCCAUCAACAUGGAGGAGGGUCAGCUACAUUCACUAGAGCUGGAGAAAGAGAACCAGAGCCUCAGCAAGAAGUUGGAGCGUCUGCAGUCCCAGCUGGACCAGGAGAAACAGACAACUCAGGACAUGGAGAGCCUUAGAGAAGAGCUGCUAAAUGAGAGAAAGAGGCUGGAGAAAUCUCUGGAGUCACUUCAGGAAGAUAAAGAGAGACAGAUCUCAGAACUGGAGCAGGAGAAGGAGCAUCUGACCCAGGUGGUGAGCUCCCUUCGGAAGCGCGCUCAAGUGAACAGCGAGGCUCGUGUGAGGGAGGUGGAGACAGAAAACCGUGUCCUCCACCAAACCAUUUCCGAAACUGGUGGUAAACUGGCUCGCAUGGAGGCCGAGAAACGACAUGCCACUAAGGAGCUAGAGUCUCUCCGAGAACGAGAAGAACGCUGUGAGGAACUGGAGAGGGAGGUAGCUUGCCUGGAACGAGUCCGUGAGCAGAUGCAGCGAGAAGCCGCCUCCCUGAAGAUCAGCAGCGAGCGUGCCGAGGCCCUGGAGCGCGAGAACGCAACUCUAGAGCAAGACAACCGCAGGUUGAAGAAGCUCGCCGACACGGCCCAGAAUGCCAGCGUGCGGUUGGCUGUUUUGGAGAAGGACCACCAGCAACUUGAGAAGGAGAACUUGGAACAGCGGCGUACACUGGACACCCUGCGACCAGCCACCGCUCGCCUGGCUCAACUGCAGCAGGAACAUGCAGAGCUAGAGCGGGAACACGAGGAGAUGAUCCGCACCCUAGAGGAGCUACGUUCCCAGGCCAAGAGGAGCGAAAGACUGGAGAUGAACUGUAGCAACCUGAGCCAGGAGAACCAACGGCUCCAACAGACCCUGGACAACAGUUCCACUAAGAUCCAGGGGCUAGAGGGUGAACUGAGGCACAACAAGACUGAAAUAAAGGAUCUGCAAUGGGAGCUGGAAGGGCUGAGGCAGGCAGUGGCACAGGCAGAGGUUGUGGAGAAAGAGAAGCGAGGAAUGGAACAGGAACUGGGCCAGGCGGAGAAGGAGAGGAAGCAAUUGGAGAAGGAGUCGCGUAGGUUGAGGCAGCAGUUGGAGGUGAAGGAGGCAGCACAUGAGGAGAGCUGCCUCAGACUGGCCAGCAUGGAGAAAGAGGGUACAGCUCUCAAUAAAGAGCUAAGCCGACUCAAAGAGGCCACAGGGAGACUCAAAGAGCUGGAGAGAGAGAAUAAAGACCUACAGAAACAGGCCACCAUGGAUAAGAAGACUCUGGCUAUGCUGAGAGAGGAUCUGGUGAAUGAGAAGUUGAGGGUGCAGCAGCAGUGUAAUGAACUGGAAAAGCUGAGCCACGAGCUGGAGAAGAUCGGCUUGAAUCGAGAGAAACUCCUACAGGAAGAGCACAGUUGUGAAGACAAUAAAUAUAAGAUCCUGGAGACAAAAAUUGAGUCGGCACUGAAGAAGACUCUGGAGUUGAGAGAAGAGAAGAUUCAGAGUCUCGAGUCUCGCCUGGAGGAGAGCUGCAGCUUAAACCAGCAACUUCGCACUGAACUCACCACUGUAAAGAAGAACCUAGAGGCCCUAAAGCAAAGGCAAGAGGAAGAGGCGGCGCACUCUGAGAUCUCCCAGCAGACUUUGGGACAUGUCAGACAGAGCACAGACAAAGAGAAGUGGGAGACGGAGCAUAGGGAGGCCACAGCUGAGCUCCUCAAGAUGAAAGACAGACUAAUCGAUGUUGAAAAGAAUAAUGCUGCCCUGCAGACUGAGAAGCAUCUUCUGAAGGAGCAGCUGAAGCAGCUGGAUUCUCAGAACGCACAGCUCAAUGCUCAAACGCUUGCACUGCAGAAACAGGCAGUGUCCUUACAAGAGUACACCACCUCACUUCACAAAGAAACUGCUAAACUACAGGUGGAAAACUCAACACUAAGCUCCCAGAGUUCAUCUCUCAUGGCUCAGUAUGGAGCUUUACAGGCCCAGCUGCAAACAAUGGAAUCAGAGGCCGAGUCUCUCCAGAAAAAGCGAGAGGAGGCGUGUACGGCCCGCGACCGUGUUGCACAGGACCACGAUCGCCUGCUCAGUGUGCAUGAAAGACAGGCUGUCGAAUAUGAGCAGCUCAUCGCUCAGCACACAGCUCUGAAGAGCAGCCAGAGAGCUCUGGAGGAGGAGCACCGUGCACUGGAGAGCAAGUAUAUGGUUCUCCUGAAGCAGAAGGAGGCUAUGGAGGCAGUCGAGGCAUCCCUGCACAGAGAGAGGGAGAGACUGGGAGAAGAAAUUCACAAAAACACUCUUAUCCAGGGGGAAAACAGCAGUUUAAAGGAAAAGAUAGAAAGACUGUCGCAGACGCACACACAUUUGAGGCAGGAGUACGACAGCCUGCAGCUGCAGACUAAAGAACUGAAGACAUCUCUGAACGACUCUCAGCUGGAACUGAACCGUUGGCAGGCACGAUAUGACCAGCUGAAAGAGCAGCAUCAGGGCCUGGACAUCUCCAUGACCAAACUAGACAACCACUGCGAGCUGCUAACCCGUCUAAAAGGAAACUUGGAGGAAGAAAACCACCAUCUUCUCAGUCAGAUCCAGAUGCUCAGCCAGCAAAACCAGACACUGCUGGAGAGAACCAUGGAGAGCAAAGAACUCUACCAUGAAGAACAGAAACAGUACAUUGAUAAGCUGAAUUCAUUGAGACGACAUAAGGAGAAAUUAGAGGAGAAGAUCAUGGACCAAUACAAGUUUUAUGACCCGACUCCUAAAAAGAGCCGGCAGUGGGUCGGAGCUAAAGCAAUAGCAAAACUAAUCAAGCCUAAGAAAGAAAAUUCUCGGGAGCGAGUGGAUGGUCCACGUGAGAGGAUCCGGAGUGCCCCUGACAUCCCCCUUCCAGAAAUCCCUACAGCCAUAGACUGUCCUGAGAGUGCCCCAACUCUUCCUCCACCACCACUCCCCCCUAGACAGACACGCCUAAAUCUGGACUCCAUGAACAAUGAGGAGAACCACAUACAGUCUCCCACACUCUCACCUGCCCAAAACGGACGAGUGUUGAAUGACAGUGGAGGGUCCAGAGGAAGAGAGGGCUAUCGCUCAAUAGGGGGUGGUAGUGAGGGCAUGAAUGGGCACGAGGAGCUGGUCCGGUGGAGGGGCCGAGAGCCAGGAGCCACCUGUUCAACUCCACUGAGCCGCAACUCUCACAAUGCAUCAGGCUUCUCGUCGUCUUCCAGCUUGCGGCCUGGGCGAAGACCAAAGGGUUUAGUCUCGGAGGAGGACUUGCGCUAUCAUUCCCUAGAUGCUGGCUUUGGCAGUGGUGUCCAUGGAAACGCAGGCCACCGGCCCAGCUCUGCUGAUUUCAGCCGCAACACUUCCAGCAGCAAUUCCCACGUCAGCUCUAAGGGUUCUCUGGACUGCCUGCAGGGACGUUCUGCCAGUCUAUCAAGCGAUGAUGUCGUUGGACUAGGUCACGAAGGCUCGCGUCUCAGUCAGUUAUCACUUAUUCCUCGUAGCUCCACCCUGCCUUGUGACGCCACAUCUGCUCAACGCUCUUCCCAGUGCCCCAUUUCACUGCAGCCGUCCUCUCCUGACAGCGAGAUGGUUACCCUGGAGCAGUUCCUGCAGGAGAGCAAUGCCCUGUCCCCACCCACUGUCCAUACAGGAAGUCGAGAGGAUCUCAUGACUGACUAUUUAACCAAAUCUGCCCGGCCUGCACCUCUGAGAGAUGGUGCUAAAACCCCCACCAAUUAUGUUGCACCAACCAUCAAGACUACUCCGCCUGAACUGGAAGGUCGGGCCCCAAAACCUGGACACAGCGUCAAACCAAGUGUUCGGCUUAUGGAGACUUCCACACCCCCUUCUCAGUCGCAAACCCUUCCAAACAGAGGAGCCGGAUCACGGCCCUCACCUCUGCACCAGUCUAGUCCUCGUGGGGGGGUGGGUGGCAGCACCAGCUUGAAUCGCACUUUCAGCCUGGCCUCCGCAGACCUCCUUCACUCUAACGGGCCAGACAGCUACUAUGCUGAGGCUAGUUCUCCUAAUCCGAUCGAUGUGGUGGUUAGGUCUGGUGUAGUCACCAGGGAAAGGCCUUUGUCUGCUAGGCUGCCUGGAUCGUUACCUCUUCCUGCAGACCUAGGGCACCUGUCAGUGGACCCCCGCCGCCUAUCUCUCGCUCCCUCUCGAAACGAGUUGUCCCUGACCAGCCCUCCCCCACUGCACUCUUCUUCCAUGUCCUUGCAAGCUGAACGGGAUUACGUAGGGAGCAGUAGCCGAGCCACUGCGGUCCGCUCUAGGCCUGCUCAAGUCCGGUCAGCCCCCCAUCAUGGCGAGGUGGCCAUGGUUACUCCAGUACGAGCUGUAUCUGCAUUGAGGCUGAAGGAUUUGGAAGAGGAACCUCGAGAUCUAAGGGAGACUGAGUCACCUCUACUGAAGAAAGCUGACACUGCGAAUUUGAGCCACAGCGUUAAGGAGCAACCCACCAGCAAACCUGCUUCUCCAGACCCCAACAAUGACCCUCAGACUGUGUGGUAUGAGUAUGGCUGUGUGUAGAACCUCUAACUUGGUAAAGAAACACUUUUGACAAAUAAAACUGCACUGUAAAAAUCCCCAGGCAGCUUCCUUUAUGUCAGGAAGCUGUUCAUUACAUUACUUUCUCUAUUUCUUCUUACGGCUCAAUGGCACCAGGUGCGUUUGCAGGUCUUGCACACGUGCACCUUGAUCUGAAAAGGAAUGUAUGGGGCACUUGAAUGUAUUCCCUUUUUUUCCCUUCCAACUUACUUGAACACCAUUGAUUGCUGCAGCUCUCCGCAGAUCCAUGGCAGGCGAGUCCGCAUUCUAUUCUGAAUGUGAAAAACAAACAUAUGGCUGUGUGUUGGGAGCCACUCCCAGCAUAAUUACUGAGUAGCGACUGCAUCCAUCUUUAGGAGGUGCAGGACAGUUGUAGGUCCUAACAGAGAGACGUCUCACUGGGACCCAUUACUGGAAACGGGAUCUCUCGCUCAUUUCCUGCUGACAUACCAAGAGAUCUGCUUUUUUCUGAUUCUGUGGGUGACCAUCUAUUUGUUAAGGGAACUAGGUUUGGCUCAGUAUUUGGUCAGAAGCAUGCAAAAGGACAACACGAGACAAGAGAGAAACAGGAGGAGACUGUUGGACUUAAAGGGACUAAAAAGCACAGAGUAGACAUUCUGCCUACCUUCUAAUUAAACCUGAUAUAAUGGGGAAAAAGCCUGCAAAUAAAAAUACAAAUAUUUUUAAAAUGGUUUUAGCUGGUUUCCCAGCCUGGCCAAGCUUGUGCUCAGCUGGUUUAACUUGUCACCCAGAUGGUCGCCUAGCAUGAUAAGCUGGAAAUCACCCUAAACCCUUUUAAAACCAGCCAGGAGACUUGACCAGGCUGCGAGAUCAGAUAAAACCAACAAACCGUUUAUGGUGGUUUAAGCUGUUUUUCAGCUAGGAAUCUUUGGGGAAUUGAGUUUUAGUUGGAAUCUGAGCACUGGACACAUUGCCCAGUUAUACACAAGCAUUUUUGGUUGUACUAAUGAGACAUUGAAGCUCUUUGCUGCAUUUUGGUGUUUUUUUUUUUAACCACACUUUUAUAACACUGCACAUCUGCUCUUAUGACCAGAAAUUCUGAUAUAUUUAUUAAUGUUUGGACAAUUAAAUGACACUUGUAUGUGUGGUUGUUUUGAUGUGUGUGCAUAUGUACGUCUCAUUUCCCCAAAUGUAUUUAGCUUACUGUGGUUGAUAGUGUGCCUUUGUAUUCAGUCAAGUCUGAUCAUUUGGAAAGAAUGGAGCACUCUGACUGAUGUCCAGGUGAACCGACAUGGCCUGUAAGUUUGGUGACAGCACCCAUUGGUUCUCUGUGUUGCUUCCAGAUGAUGUUACCAAACUUCAAUCAAACAAAGUGUGGUGCAUUCACUGUUAGUUGUUUUUCUGUUAGCCAUCUCAUGUCAUGAUCUACUUUGCACUCUAAAUUCAGAGGUGAGAACUCAUUACCAUUGAAGAUCAAGAAUUAACACUGUUACUGUGUGAAAAUAAGUGUUUGUUUGUGCACAGCUACUGGUAAAAUUAAUUUAAAAUAGAACUUGUUUUCAUACACUACUGCACAUGGAUAUAGAUGUCGUGUUUAACUAGAUGCCCUUUAACAGCCUUUUACACAAAGUUUAUUGUGAAUGAUGGAAGUCUGUUUAGAGAAAGCUGUUGUCCAAAAACUUUGUAAUAAAGAUUUGACUAAAUGAAAUCGAUGACCUGGGGCAUAUUGUAGAAACAUGAAAUUGAUAGAAGCAACACGUUUAGGUUAUUGUGUUAUACUCUAGCAUGGUCUACUGUAUGUCAGACAAGCAGCCAUUGCUUAAAUUACCUUGCGCGUUGUGUUUUUAAGAUGACGUGUCAAAUUAAAAAAACUCUAAACACAAGCCUCGUGACCCCUGCGCAGGGAGUGAAAACAGUUCAAGGAAUGAUAAUGAAUUACAUUUUUAGCAGAACGUUACCGAAAACAGGAACAAAGUGAUUUAAAGUUGUUCCAGAGUGAAGAUGUUAUUUUUAAAUGCUGGUAACUGAUUAUAACCGGUUAAUUUUGAUCUGAUCAUUUUAUCAUGAGUGUAAAGGCCAAAGGGUUUAUCACAUCAAUUUGUCAAAUUACAACAUGUUGCUUGAAAUUAAGGAAACGUGCUUUGAUCCUGAAAGAAACUGCUGCAUCACACAUUUCUUUGCCAAAUUGCCCAUUGUGGAUGUCACAUUCUCUGAAUGAAGACCUGUAAAACUAUGUGCACAGUUAAUCCAGAUACAAGCAAAACAUUAUUGAAGGUAAAAAUACAAUUUCUCAGUUGCUUCCAAGUCUUCACUGAAUUAUUGUUAGAUAUGAUGCAUUAAUACAGAUUUGAUCCUGCCGGGUUUUGACUCAGAAGCAGAUCUGUAAAUGAAAUUAUGCUUGUUAUGAUUUUAUGCCGAUAAAUUCACCACACAGGAAAAAAAUUAAUAGCUUGUUUGGAGGCAAGUUACUUAUUUUGGGCUUGUUUUUGCAGACCAGGUUGCUUUUUUCUCUUGGGAGAUUUGGCAACACAGCCAUUAGUUCAGAUAACAGAUUUUUCAGUGUUGGGUAAGUUACUAUUAAAAAGUAAUUAAUUACUAACUACAAAUUACAUUUUCAACAGCUUUAUUAGAUUUCUGUAGUACGUAGGGGUUACUAGACCCUCUUUAGGAGGGCUUUAGCCCCCCUAAGAUUCAUCUCA